AUGUCAACCACCUCCCCACCCAAAGCCCUCUUAACCGAUGUCUUCGGCACCGUCGUCGACUGGCGCAAAACCGUAACAAACCAUCUCACCCUCUCAGCCUCCGAAGCACUCAAUUCCUCCACCCGCUCCAUCCCCGACACCGUCCGGACCUCUGCCUCAGAAAUGUCCUGGCCCACCAUCGCCCAGCUCUGGCGCGAAUCAUACUACCAAUUCACGCGCACCUAUGAUCCGGCAAAUACCACCACCAAAUUCAAAACCGUCGACCAACACCACGUCGAGGCUCUACACAAGAUCCUCGCCGACCACGCUCUUGACGGGCUAUGGACCGACGACGAAGUCCAAAGGAUAAGUAUGAUCUGGCACUUUUUAGAUCCCUGGCCCGACUCCUCCCGUGGCCUAGGGAUAUUAAAUCAAAAAUUCCACACCGCCACUCUCAGCAAUGGCAACACCAGCCUAUUGUCCGAUCUGGCCCGACAUGGUUCUCUGCCUUAUACGCACAUUAUAUCCGCGCAGGACUUCGGUGCGUACAAGCCGCAUCCGUCCGUAUACUGGGGUGCGGCGGGCAAAUUGGGGCUGACACCCAACGAAUGUGCCUUGGUUGCUGCACACUUGGGCGAUCUCAAAGCCGCUCGAAGUUGUGGCUAUCAAACCAUUUACAUUGCCAGGGCCAAAGAAGAAAGCUGGUCCGAUGAAGAAGUGGCCAAGGCUAAGUCCGAUGGUUGGGUCGAUAUGUGGAUUGAUUUGAAUGAAGGAUCUGUGGGAUUUCUGGAGGUUGCCAAACGAUUUGGGCUCAAUUGA